AUGUCGCUGGUCUCGACGUACAUUGCGCCCACGGUGGGGGCAGCGUUCAUAGGAGCUACAGUGGCAGCUAUGCUCUUUGGGGUUACAACUGUGCAAACUAUACUUUACUUCAAGCGUUAUAGUAACGACCCUGUGUUGACACGACGUCUCAUUUUCGUCCUGUGGUUACUCGACGCGACUCAUUUGAUAUUUAUCGUUCAUGGCAUCUAUACAUAUACGAUCAUGGGAGAUACGGACGUUUCUAUACUGUUUGAACCGGCGUGGAGCUUUACGUCCCAUGUUCUCAUCUCGAGUCUAAGUGAUUUGACUAUUGUUUUGUAUCCGGAUUUGGAAAUUAAGCCAAAGGAAGUGGUGGACGAUGAUAUCCAUUUGUUCGGUGUCUUUGGCGUCAUUCGCUACUGCUCGUUCUCAAUAUGGGGAUUGUGCGUCGGAAACUACUUUUUCAUGCCUGGCCAGCUCUCGAUCUUCCUAUACACCUGCUUUAUCUCCGGAGUUUUAGCAGAUGCCCUCAUUGCUACACUUCUCUGCACUUUCCUGUCACGCCGGCGUACUGGGUUCUCGCGAACCGACUCUCUCGUUCGCACACUUAUGAUUUACAGCAUCAACACAGGAGUCCUCACCAGCAUCUGUGCACUCUUGUGUCUACUACUGUACGCGCUUCAACAAGGAGUGAACAGAUUCUCCUUCGUCGCUGCAUAUCUCAUCUUGCCUAAGCUGUUAUUGAAUGCACUCCUAGCUAGCCUCAACGCGAGACGCACAACUCCGGAGAAAACGAACGUAGAAAUAAUGAGGGUUAUGAAAAACAGAAAUCUCGAUACUGCGCCCACAGCCGUGGAUGAACUCUAUGAGGAAGAUGAAUCGCGUAACGCCAGUACCACAUACGUAGGAGCACCCGUUGCAUCGAGGUCUUCAGACAUCGCGGUUGAUUACGUCGUACCUUCCGUGAUGGAGCUGUUCAAUGACCAGGUUGCAUUGAGUUCUGCUUACCUUGGCGUAGUUGCCUCCUCCAUUCUGUAUGGUUUCAAUAAUAUGCAAACAUUCAUCUACUAUAGACAGACCAACGAUAAGCUUAUCAUGAAGAGCGUGAUCUUCGUUCUGUGGCGAGUGACAUCUUUUAUCGUUAUUGUCAUCGUUUAUGCCCUUACGGACAUUCUCCUCAACAAUCCUCUCCUACUGGUGGAGCCAAUCUGGAGUCUUACAGCACAUUUUUUGAUCACGAGCAUAGUUGGUACGACUGUCAGAGGCGCAGGUUAUUCUCGUUUCGAAUAUGGACUUCCAAAAGAAUUGGUUCAUGGUGGCAACUACCCUCUACGGCUGCUCUGGUGGUUUGGGUAUGUUUACGUCCAUCUCUCUGCCCUCCGACUGACGUUAGAGUUCCUGAGAAGCCUUCUCAAUCUGGGGACUCCCGAUUACUUUUUCAAACCAGCAGAGUUCUCCUAUUACCUCUAUUUUGGGCUCGGAUCAAGUGCUUUCGCGGACGUUCUUAUCACCGCAUUCUUGUGUGUUCUCCUAUCUCGACACCGUACGGGAAUUGCUAGCACCAACUCGGUGAUCAACCUGCUUAUGCUCUAUAGCAUCAACACGGGCUUGCUGACUAGUCUCUGCGCGCUUCUCGCCUUGCUAUUAUUUGCGUGUCUGCCAAGUAUCAAUCUAAACAAGUUUGGUUUCAUCGCGCCAUUCUUCGUACUUCCAAAGCGUGAGCAGAUCUCGUCUUCUCUGGAGCCUGCUAUUGAGCCCUUAUCUCUAGUUUUGUUCUCGUCGUUGCUUGCAAACCUCAACGCGCGCCCGUAUCUUAGAGAGAGAGCGCAUCCCGAUACAGUAUCACUCACGACGACGACUACGACGCGAAAACCUAGGAUUUUGAGACUAUAUCGAGAUGAUUCUAUUAGCCAGCCGAGUUCUAGUCGUCAGGUUUUCGACACCCCCGUGCCAUCACCGACCGAAAUGGAAAUUUUUUCUAUGCAUCAAUUUGUUGGCAAAGAAAUGAAUCGAUGGAAGCCGCUCCCGCGAGUGCACCAAACCGAAUCUUCGACAUGA